AUGAAUUUGUAAUAAUGGUCAAGUGGAUUUUAAUGCAUGUUAGGACAUCAGUAAAAUGAGUACAUGCUGUGUAUUUCACCUUAAUGUCCUUAGGUUCGCAAAUUGAUUUGUCGAGAUUAUUGCAUUCCUUAUUACCAUAGAAAUCAUAAAGUUAUGCAAUUGUCUUAAAUCGAAGAUUUCUUGAAUUAAUAUUUAAACAUGAAAUAGCCUCAUUUGCAUGAUUCAAUAAUUGAGACACUGGAGGAAAUAGAAAUAUUGAGAUCGGAGUUGAAUCGCAUCAUCGAUGGCACAAUAGACAAGAUUAAGCGUCACUUUGGGAGAUUCUCUUAUUAAGCGUAAAAGUAUGCGCAGGAAUUUCAAUUUGUUCAACAGCCGGAGAGAAUUGAGUAGUUAUCAAAAUAAAUAAUAGAGAUAGCUACUCUUAAAUAGGAUUAGUUAAAGAUUAAGAUAGUGAAACCUUUGCAGUCAUUAAAUAUAGGUAAUUUAUUGAAGGAGUGCAUAUAAAAGUUGAGCAGUUUUGUAAUCGGAAACAGUGAUGUAAAUUCUGUGAAACCUGAGAAUUUGGUGGGAGCCUUUAGUAACCAUAUCCGUACAAUAUAAAGUGAUGGAGAGGUGUGGUGUUUGUAACCAAUAAAGGGUGGUGAUCUUAUCAGUGGAGGAGAUGACAACAAGAUCAUAAUAUGGAAUAUGAACACUUUGGAAAAGUUGUGGGUAUCUAAGAAGCAUAGGGCGAUAAUAACAUCGUUGGCCAUCACUUCUGAUUCUAAGGUGGUAGUGAUGGGGAGUUCGAAGGGAUACAUAAAAUUUCUGGAUAUGGAGACGAAGAAAUUUAUAAAGAAAUUAAAGGGACAUGAUGACCAUGUGAGUUCGUUGCACUUUAAUAAUUAGAAUAAUAGUUUGUUAUCUUCUGGUUGGGAUGCAAAUUUAGUGAUGUGGAAUAUUGAUUAGAAAGAUAUAGUGAUGAAACAAUUUAAGAAGGAACACUAGGCUAAGAUUUAUUGUGUUUAAUACAGCAAUGACAAUUAAAUCAUAGCAUCUUGUUCUUUGGAUAAAACUAUUCGGUUGUGGGAUAUCCAUGGAUUAGCAUAGAUUGGAUAGCCAUUGUAGGGUCACAGUGAAAAGGUGGAUUGGAUUCAAUUUACUCCUCAAUAUUUGAUCUCUUGCAGUUAAUCGGAGAAAAACAUCAUUGUUUGGGAUUAUAUGCAUAGACAACAGAUUUGGAAUUUCAUUCCAGGGAAUGAUCCGCAUAGAUUUGUUGUAUCUCCAGAUGGCAAAUUACUUGCAUGUAUUCGAAAGGAAAUCCGAGUAUUUGAGAUCUCAACCAGACAGUAAAUUGGAGAGUCGAUUCCUGGCCAUCAGUAUUUUGCAUUGAGUUUCAAUUAUUCUUUGGAUGGAAGAUUCCUCGUUUCUGGUUGCUAAGAUAAAACUAUUAGAAUAUAUGGGAUUCCUAAAUGA